CCCGGAAGUAGUGCCCUUGGAAUGAGGAGGCGCCAUGUGGAAGACAGUCAGUGUGCUGAGUGAUGCUGAUGAAAACGGAACUCCUCAUAAGGGAAAAUGAUCGGAAGGAGCUUUUAUUAUACAUGCAAGCAUGCUUUGCCUCUACGCAAAAGAAUAGUUUCUUUGCACUCCACGGGGAAAGAUCUCCGACUAGUUCUGGGUAUAGAGACAAGUUGCGAUGACACAGGAGCUGCUGUUUUAGAUGAGAAUGGCAGAAUUCUCGGAGAAGCUAUUCAUUCCCAGAAAGAAGUUCACCUAAAGACCGGUGGAAUAAUUCCUCCCGUGGCACAGAAACUCCAUGCAGACAAUAUUGAUAGAGUUGUUAAUGAGGCUCUUGUGUCCAGUGGAAUAACUCCUCAAGAGCUUUCUGCUAUCGCCACCACCGUUAAACCUGGGUUGGCCCUGAGCCUUGGCAUAGGUCUUUCCUACAGCUUAAAAAUGGUGAAUCAAUAUUCCAAACCCUUUAUACCCAUACAUCACAUGGAAGCUCAUGCACUGACUGUCCGGUUAUUACACAAUGUAGACUUUCCAUUCUUAGUUCUCUUGAUAUCAGGUGGUCAUUGCAUCUUGGCUGUAGCUAAAAAUGUAUCAGAUUUUCUGCUGCUCGGACAAUCCUUGGAUGAAGCCCCUGGUGAAACGUUAGAUAAGGUUUUUAGGAGGCUGUCUCUUAUAAACCACCCUGACUGUGCCUCUAUGAGUGGAGGACAAGGAAUAGAGCACUUAGCUCAGAACGGGAACAGGAAACUCUAUAAUUUUAGGAUUCCAAUGUCACAGCACCGAGACUGCAAUUUCUCUUUUGCCGGACUGCGCAAUCACAUCAAUCAUGUCAUCCGAAAAAAAGAAAUGGAGGAAGGUAUACAACAGGGACAGAUUCUCUCCUGCAUUGCAGAUAUUGCUGCUGCCACACAAUACACAAUAGCUUUCCACAUAGCAAAACGUACUCAGCGAGCUAUAUUGUUCUGUAAGAAGGAAUGUCUAUUGCCAGCCACAGCUGCGACUUUGGUUGUAUCAGGUGGUGUGGCCAGCAAUGGUUACAUCAGAAGAGUUCUUAAAAGUGUAACUGAUUCAAUGGAUAUGGCUUUGUUGUGUCCACCACCAAAACUCUGUACAGACAAUGGCGUAAUGAUCGCCUGGAAUGGCAUUGAAAGGUUACGUGCUGGUGUUGGCAUUAUGAAUAAUACAGAUGGCAUCCGCUAUGAGCCAAGGGCUCUUCUUGGAAUAGAUGUUUCAGACCAUGUCAGAAAAGCAAAUAUUAGAGUGCCAUCUCUAAAAGAAUAUUUUUUUGGAUAAAUAUACCAAAAUAUUGCCAUCGCCAUCACCUAGAAUUGAAGGCUCAAGACAUCAAGUGAUCGGUGCCCCACAUCUCACAAGAUACAUCUUUUACAGAAUAUCCAUAGAAUCAUAACGUGCAAGCUGUAUUGGCCCUUUAUUACUAUUCACUGUGGACUUUCACUGACAUAACUCCAUGUACAAAACAAAACAGGGAUUCCCCAUCCAUAUGACAGCAGGUAAAGGGGAUCCUUAACUUCUCUGGAAAUUACAACAUUAAAUAAAACACUGAAAAUCCCCUAAAACUUGUUAACUUUUUUAUGUGAUGCUCAACUUUCGUUCAGAUUUAUAUUAACAAUUUAUCAAAUUAGAUCACAAUCCAAUUCAGUCUAAGUACAGCCAAGGCAAAUCAAGAGUAUAUAUACCGGUAGAUGUUCUCUGUAUACUUUCUCUAUGGUGACUGCCAGGUGCAAAUGACAGAGUUUAUAACGAUAAUUGACAGGGAUCUGAGAUAGAUGUCUGUAGUUGCAGGAUAAAGAGGUGUGGAUUACUAUAUUUAAUUUUAUUUUUCAUACCUCGCAAAUACAUUUGCUAGGUGUAGUGUAUAAGUAAACUGAAUAUUAAAAAUCUCAGAAAGCGUGAAUUCCCCCUUUCUCACAUCUGCACCUUUGUUGCAAGUAAUGUUCAGAUUGAACACGUGAAGCAGCUGUAUAUACAGGGUUAUUCACUAAUUUAAGAAUUCAAAGUGAAUUUCAAAUUUAAGGCCAGAGUAGCUGAAUGAAAAGCACAGUUGACUAAGAGAAUUCAUCCAGUUUUGCUAUUUUGACCUUACAUUUUCAAAUUCUCUUGGAAUUCUCACUUUAGUGAAUAACCCUGACAACAUUGUAUUGGAGCAAAUUAAAUUUAAAGCAACAGCUGGAUAGGACACAGUACCAAUAAUUCUGUAGGCACAAUCAACAAAAACUGGUGGUGUUGUACUUGUACCUUUCCUGCCAUUUAAAAAAAACUUGUGAAACACUUGCUGUGCAGUGGAAAAACAAAACAACAAAUUUCUAAUUAUUUUUUUUAGGAAGUGGUGGUGCCAUUACAAAUGUAACUGCGGUGCAUAUAUAUGAAUAAAUGUAU